CUUCGCGAUAGCAUCACAAGAAGUAUCGACAAAAAAAGCAAGACGCAUUUCGACAACCCAGCAAAAAGAUCUCAACGCUGAUACCGAAAAUAUCGCACUGUCAUUAUCGCGAACUUUUUGACGGCACCCUUCAAGAUUCAUUGUUUGCUCAUCUCACCGCCACCAACAUGUUUCUUUGUUGUGUUUGACUACAUCUCAACGCUUAGAUUGGCCAGUCAAGCUGGCACACGGCAAACCUGUCUUUGUGAAUCGCGAAUAGAAGCGGGGAGCUACUUGGUGGCGCUGAUUUGAUACGUCUGUAUGGUCGACACAAAGUCAGUGCUACUAUUUUCAUCUCAGACGACAAAGAACGACCACUUUCACCCACUCUCAUCUCAAAGACAACGGACACGAUUUUCAUGAAACAAAAGGGCGCAAUCCCUUUCAGAUUGGAUUCUUUUUGUUGUUCAAUUUUCUGUUCAUACCAACUUCACUCAGCCUCCACAUCUCACCUCAACCAUGCCUCCCAGAGUCAGUAGACGUAAUACCCGCCUCACAAGUCGGGAACCCGAGCAACAACCCACGAAUGAGUCGACGAAUGCGUUGGUGAGACCUCACUUACCGGCUCUGCAAGGAACGCCAAGCACACGGAGACAGUACACAUAUGGCUCUGGUGCUGAGCCACCACCAAAGGUGGGAGCUGGUCUGCAGCGCAUGGAUUUGGGCAGUGCCGUCAAUCAAGCCCUCGCAAAUAACGCCGAUGAUGAGGAAGAAUUCGUGCGACCAGCAAAGCCAAGGGCAGCGUCCGCAAGGGCAGAUGAUGCGGGUCCAUCAAGAGACAAUGCAUCACGCUCAGCAACAGUCGCUGUUCAGCAAUUAGCGACUGGGAGAGAUGAUGAUAGCUCACGAAGCUUUGGGUUGGAAAGUGACUACUACGAAGAUGCAACGAUAGGAUCGGUGCCACCUUUGAUAGCAAGAACUGAAAGGCAGCCUGCUGCCUCCAACCCGAACCCUCGAGCUCAACGAGAUACGUCUGUACAGCGCAGCUUACAGCCAUCUCGUCUACGCGAGCAACCUAGUCUUGAGACCCAGCCCAGAAGACCUAGGGAUACUCAACAAACGUCACUCCAAGUACCGAGACAAACAUGGCAGAAAUCGCGUGAACUAGAAGAAGAUGAGCCGGAAGAGAGGGCUGCGCCUGUUACCCGUAGUAGGACUACGGUGAAUACACCAGCCCCAAACAAAACCCGACAAAGUCAGCCCCGGCCUCGAAACCCUACGGUAGUGGAAGAUAGCGAGGAGAGUGAAAGCUCUGCUGAGAGCGAUGAAGACGACAUCGAGAGCGAAAUCCAAUAUGGAGGCAACGCAAGCAAGACACGUACAAUCACAAAGAAGUCUACGCGUACAGUUGCCAACCCAAUCCGUCGACAGCCGGCACAGCAGCUAUCUCGAAACGCUGCUCCUGAGAGGAGAGAUCAAAGAACAAGCGGUGGCCAGAGCCUUUUUUCUAGAAUCAAUAGGUCUGCUUCGCAAUCAAGCGCAUUUGAAAAGGCCCGUCAAAUUCCCCAUGAUCCACAAGAGCGUGUUUGGGACAUUCAGCGAGAAAUCCAAGAAGCAGAGGAUCAAAUUGCUCGUGAACGAGCUGAGAGAGCUGAGAGAGAACGAGCGCCCCAAAUAGAGCCAUGGCGUCAAUGGUUUCGGGAACAGAUUGCUUGGUUAUUAACACUCUGGCCAUUCAACUUGAUUUGGAGACGGCGUGAAGACGAUGACUUUGACGAUUUUGACGAUGAUCAAUACAACAAUGGUGGUCCUACGGAUUGGUGGAAGUUAUUAAAUCCAAUGACAUAUCUGCAGUCUGUGGUAUGGUUGGUCGAUAAGAUUAUGGAUCAUUUCGUCAACCUUCUCGACGGAUUAUCUGGUGUUCAAAUCCGAGGUUCUUGGACCGAAAGAGUGGUCUACGCUGUUCUCAUUGGCGGUGUUGGCUUGCUUUUGGGAGUCUCCCUCGUUUCGGGCAUGGGAGCCGUGAAACCAUCUCUACCAAGUAUUCCAAACUUUGGCUUAGGUGGUUUCCACAUACCGAACCCUUCUGGCUUUGUUCACAACGUUGGAGAUAUGAUGCCAUCGUUCUCAUUGCCCUCGUGGUCGCCCUGGAGCAGAGACGAUGAGCAUGAUGUCUUCGCAGAAACUCCCAUUAACAAUAUUGAACUUACGGAUGAAGUCAAAAAGGCAAUGAAAAAGCUGACAUCAAAACUCAGUGACCAGAAGAAAAGUCUCGAGAAGCUGGAAGCGAAACUCCCUCAAUACAUCACCAUGGAAACCAUCAAUGGAAAGCCGUCUAUUCCCCAACAGUUCUAUCAUGGUCUUCAAGAUUAUCUGAAGGAGAGUGGGAGCUUUUUGAACAUGAAGAAGAAGGGCGGAAACUACGAGAUCUCCACGGAAAAGCAGUGGAAGGCUAUCGUGGCGGGACUCGGUAAAGACAAAGACUUCAAGUCGAAGCUCACGAAAGUCGUCGACAGCGGCAUCGAGGAGAAGCUGCCUGCUUUCUGGGACACAUGGUUCAAGAAUAACAACAAGAUUCUCGAACCGCUCAUUGAAAAGGCAAUGGCCAAGACAAAGGCUGCUGGGUCAGGAGCUGGAUUCGACAAGAAAGUCGCCCAGAUUGUCAAUGAGCAACUCGGCAAGCAGAACCAGACAGUUGUUACUCGAAGCGAAUUCAUAAAACAUCUCGGGAACGAACUGGCAACCCACCAAGCAACAGUUCGAGCUGAGCUCCAAGAGCUAAAGUCGGAUAUGUUGACUCAUAUUCAAGAGUCGAUUCGUACUGCGCAAUUGAUGGCUCCCCAGGGAACAUCGGACGCUGAGAUGAGGAAACUCAUUCGAGAGAUUGUUAUCCAGACUAUAUCAGACGAAGUCCUUGGAGUUGGUGCCAAGGCAAAGAUUCACGAAGACUGGAACACGCGGCUCAAGCACCAGGUCAACUUCUUUGCGGUUGGCGCUGGGGCUACCAUUGAUGAGGCUCUCACGACAGGUGUAUGGGAUCCAUGGAAGAAGGGCGUCGCUACUAAAGAAGCCUUGAAGCGUGGCGUCUCUGGCGUACAUCCUCUCCCUGCCGCGGCAGCACUUCUCCCGUGGCAAGAUGAAGGAGACUGUUUUUGCUCAGUUCACGACAUCGAUAGCAGCGGACGAUACCAUGGUGCCAGAAUCUCUGUUCACCUUGGCCAUCUGGUCGUUCCCACUGACAUCGUGAUCGAACACAUUAAUAAGAACGCAACGACAGAUCCACUGGCUCGACCGCGACAGAUCGAAGUCUUUGCUAGAUUCGAAGACAAAAUGGAGCGUGAUCAAGUCUUUGCUAUAACAGCCAACUGGUUCAGAGAAGACACAACUAACCGCAAUGUCUCGGUCCCUUUGUCCGAUCAAUUCGUCAAGAUCAGCGACUUUGAGUACGUUGGAAACGAGCUAAACGACGGCGUUCACGUACAGCACAUCAAAGAUCAGUUCUCCAACCUCGGAAUCGGCACAGACCAGAUCGUCGUUCGAUCCAUGGGCAAUUACGGCGCGGUAGACCAUACGUGCUUUUACCGCGUUCGGCUAUUUGGAAACGUGGUGGAAUAGCUGGUGUAAAAACCAACGGAUGAAUAUAUCUGUUGGUGCAGUUUAGACUUCGAUGUGCUUUCUGGGCGUUGGGGAUAGUUGAUUGGUUCAUGUACAUAUUCUUGUAUGGGAGUGUGAAUUAUAUAUGCAAGGCAUUGAAGCGUGGAGCUGGUAUGGGAAUGGAUAGCUUUUGCUGAGAAUGGUGCUACUUGUAAUUCAAUCAUGACCUUUCUGAUGACAAUUAACAGCUUCUUAUAAGAUACACGAGACGAUGAAUUUGAACAUUAACCCUAUGCAUUUUAAUUCGCAACUUUUGUC